UUUCUAGAUAGUACAGUGUGAAAUAGACAGUUCUGAGAAACAAUGUGGAAUGUGCAGAGGAAAAAACAACACAUGUGACGUUGUCUCUGGUUUGUUUACAAGACCUCGUUUACCAAGAGGUUACAAUCUCAUCGCCAGGAUCCCACGUGGUGCGUGCAACAUUAGUAUCACUGAACUUCGUCAGAGUAGAAACUACCUUGCCCUCAGGACAAGGACUGGACAAUAUGUCAUCAACGGAAACUGGGCUAUCCACCCAACGGGCAACUACCAGGGUGCUGGCACUACAUUUGUGUACAAGCGACAUAGCACAAAAACUCAGACAGGUGAACUGAUUAGUGCUGAGGGUCCUACCACAGAACCAGUGGACGUAUUGUUAAUAUAUGCACAGUCGAACCAGGGAAUUACUUACAAAUAUACAAUACCAAGCAAGAAACUUCAGAGAAAACGCAACGGACGAAGGAGACACAGACAUAGACAGAAAUCAAAUAACCGUAGGGACCGCUGGACAAGACGAAGGAAUCGAAGAGUCAAGGGUCAAACGCGUCAAGACAUUCAGAGUACAGACACUGGACUUGGACUUCGAAGUUCCAUCCCUGUUAUUAAUGGUGUUCAGAGAAAUACUCGGUUUCAGGGAGAUUACACGUGGAGACUUGCAGGAUUUACCGAAUGCACAGUUAGCUGUGGAGGAGGAACAAAGAAGACAAUGGCAGACUGUGUUAAACUGAGCUCCGUGACGGUGGUUGGUGACAAUUAUUGUGAUCCUAGAUCAAAGCCUGCAGUCCAGACUGUUCGUUGUAAUACUCACCCUUGUCCAGCAAGAUGGGUGUUCGAAAAUUGGAGUCCUUGCACCACCACUUGUGGACAAGGAACACAGACUCGAGUUGUGAGAUGCAAACAGAAUAUUUCUCAGAGAUUACAAAUUGUUGUAGCGGAUACCGCUUGUCUAGAGCAAAAAAAGCCUGCUAGUGAACAGCCCUGUCAACUUAGGCCCUGUGCGAAAUGGGAGGCUGGAGAGUGGAGUAAAUGCUCUGCUGAAUGUGGUAAUGGGAUACGGAAAAGGCAGGUGCAAUGUCUUUCUGAUAGUGGAAGUAAAGUAGACAGCGUUCAGUGUUUUUCUAGUAAACCUGCGCAGGAAGAAGUGUGCCACGGAAGUUUCUGUUCGAAAGGCUGGUAUUUUUCUUCGUGGUCAGAUACGUGUUCAGUCAACUGUGGUUCAGAUGUUCAGCGCAGAAAAGUUAUCUGUCUCGGAGGAGGAGAGGAGCAAAAUGGAAAUGGUUGUGAUUUGAACAACCGUCCUGAAAUGGAACAACACUGCGCUAGAGAGACUGAUUGUGGAGGGCGAUGGUUCACUGGAUCCUGGUCUGAAUGCACCUCUGCUUGUGGGAAUGGGACCCAGACCCGUGAUGUUGUUUGUUUGAACUUCACACGGGGUCAGUGGCGAGCAGUUCUGGACCUCCAGUGCCAAGCAGUAGAAAAGCCGUUAGAUAAACAACCGUGUAACCUUACCGAGUGCCGACCACAGUGGUACGUCACAGAAUGGUCCGAGUGCACGAAAUCUUGCGAUACUGGAGUGCAGACACGAAGUGUCACGUGUGUAGACUUGGAGCAACAAAUUAGUCAACAGUGUGAUCUGGCCAAACGACCUAACACCAGACAGGCAUGCAACAUUAAUGAAUGCCCGUCUGUCACGAAAGGAUUGCCUGAAAAUACAGAUUCCAAAUGUUCAGAUAAGUACAGCAACUGCAAACUAGUUGUACGAGCUCGUCUUUGUCAUUACUCCUACUACAGAAAUCUGUGUUGUGAUUCGUGUGCUGAAGGUUCGUAAUACAGCAACGUCUUACAUCAGAUUCUUUAAGGUCUUCCCAGUCAAGCGUUUAAAAAACAUCGCUGUAUAUUUUAGAUCGAUAUAUUGUAAGCGUUACGAUUGUUCGAUGUGAAAAUUAUUAUUUUACAAAGCUCCAAGUAAGAAAUAUUCAUGAUUGCAUUGGUUUCAAACACUAGCCUGUUUUAUGAUAUGUAUUCUUGGUAAUUAUUUCGAAAAUAUUAUUAAAUCGGAGUUUAAACAAAGGAUAAUCUUGUGAAUCUCCUAUGAUAUUUUUCACGACUAUAUUUUUUAUAUAUUUGGUGACUAGUUGAUCUAAUGUUACAAAAGUAUAAGCUUAUUUGUUCAUGAAUGAAAGUAUGGGAAUCUUAUUAAAGAAAUUUAGCGACUUCUUCUCAUUUAUUUACAAAACAGAGCCAUAGGUUUUGCUAUCAUGUUUUGGGAAAAAUAGAAAGAUCAUCUCAAUAGUUUUUUGUGAAUGUUAUUUCUAGAAAGCAUCAUCUUUUAAAUUUUUACCAUUUUGUUAAGCUGAGUUUUGUCUCUCAUGACAGCUUAUCAUAAAAUACUUUAUGAAUUUGAAUGUUUUUGAUCAGCUAUCUUUACAGAAAUACUGAGAAUUUUAUGUUAGCAUGUUCUUUUGAAAAAUCUAAUGAGUUUUUAAUAGAGAUCAUUAAUUCGUAACUUCGGUUUUCCCAUACACUUCUAGGUGUUUUGAAUUUAACAUUUUAUUAAAUAUCUUACAAUUAAAGAUAUUUGUGACAAUAUCUGCUUAGAGAUACUUCUUACCAGUAUUUAAAUCGAGGAUACUCAACACCGGAAAGUUAAAUAUCUAAAACGUUAACCAGGGUUUAAAUCAAAGGAUACUCUUUAGCUGGGAGUUACCAAUAUGAGGUACCAAUAUCUGAAACUUCAAAGAGUAUUUAAAUCGAGGAUACUCAACACCAGAAAGUUAAAUAUCUAAAACGUUAACCAGUGUUUAAAUCAAAGGAUACUCUUUAGCUGGGAGUUAUCAAUAUGAGGUACCAAUAUCUGAAACUUCAAAGAGUAUUUAAAUCGAGGAUACUCAACACCAGAAAGUUAAAUAUCUAAAACGUUAACCAGUGUUUAAAUCAAAGGAUACUCUUCAGCAGGGAGUUACCAAUAUGAGGUACCAAUUUCUGAAACUUUCCACCUGGGAGGGAUUUAUUUAUAUCUGAUGUUUUGAGGAGUGUUUAAAUCGAAAAUAUUUACAGGUGAAUUUAUGAACAAAUAAGGGGGAAAACAGUUCAGAGCUGAGCCAAAUCUUCGAAAAUGUUUAUUAAACACUCAAAAGGAAAUAUACUGAAAUUAAUUUGUAUGUUGCUCCAUACCUUUAAAACAUUAAUGUAUAUCCUGAGGACCUUUCAAGUAUGCUUGAGUUACGUGAAAAGGUAUUGAAGGUUUCGUUACAAGUGACUUAUUUCAAAGAAAAUUAUGAAAACACUAAUUUUCACAUUGUUGCAUAAUCAUAAGAUUGAAAUAUACUUUCUGUUUAAUAUUUGUGAUCUUUAAGUGUGAGUUUUCAGCAGUUUCUAUAUCAUGGGUGAGAAUAUGUUUUGUCCAUCUUUUGCUUUUAUCCCUAGCUUUAAGCUAUAUUUUAAAGAUGCAAUAAUCACAAAUAAUGUUUUAUGGCUGUUGGUUUUA